AUGGGGCGGAACGCCUGGAUCAGUCAGGGAGAGUUGGGGAAACAUCCCGUCGACACAGGAGGCCCCGCCCCUCAGCCUCACUCCCAGACUCCCCCCGCGCCGCCGCCCUCACUCCCAGACUCCCCCGCGCCGCCGCCCUCACUCCCAGACUCCCCUCCCCGCGCCGCCGCCCUCACUCCCAGACUCCCCCGCGCCGCCGCCCUCACUCCCAGACUCCCCCGCGCCGCCGCCAUGUUGCUGAGGCCCCUCGCCCUCCCGCUCCGCCUCGGCCGGUUCCGCUGCACCGCCCGCGGGCCCGGGGCCCGGGUCGCCGUGGUGCUGUCAGGCUGUGGAGUUGACGGCACCGAGAUUCAUGAGGCCUCAGCGAUCCUUGUCCACCUCAGCCGGAGUGUGCUGACUUCCAGGUUUAUGCUCCCCAAUGUCUCCCAGAUGCACGUCAUUGACCACGUGAAGGGGGAAGCGGCUGCAGAGGCCAGGAACGUUCUGGUGGAGUCGGCGAGGAUUGCCCGUGGUCAGGUGAAGGACCUGGGCCGUCUGGAGCUGGAGGAUCACGAUGCCGUUAUCUUCCCCGGUGGGUUCGGAGCAGCCAAGAACCUCUCGACGUUUGCCACAGAUGGGAAGGACUGCCAAGUGAUUCCAGAUGUCAAGAGAGUUCUGACUGAGUUCCACAAGGCACAGAAACCCAUUGGGUUAUGCUGCAUUGCCCCGGUGCUGGCUGCCAAAGUGCUUCCUGGGGUAGAGGUUACAGUUGGCCACGAGGAGGAGGAAGGGGGAAGGUGGCCAUACGCAGGAACUGCAGCAGCUGUCAAGGAAAUGGGCGCAAAGCACCGGGUCACUGAGGUUGAUCAAGCUCAUGUGGAUUCUGAGAAUAAGAUCGUGACAACUCCAGCCUUCAUGUGUGAAACUAAACUUCAUCACAUCUUCGAUGGGAUCGGGGAGAUGGUGCAGAGAGUCCUGAAGCUGACGGCGAAGUGAGGGGGAAGGGGUGUGUCUGCCUCCGUGUGUGUGUGUGUCUGUGAGCCUGUGUGUGUGUGAGAUGGUGUGUCCAUCUGUGGAUGUCCAUGUGUCCCCUCUGUGUGUAUGUGUGUGUGGGUGGGGGUGUGUGUGUGUGUGAGUGAGUUGUAUUGCCAUGCAGUGAGCUCUAGCUGCUCUUACCUGCUCAGGGCCACCACUGUCACAAGGUGAUUCAUACAUUCAUUGCCCUGCCCUAUUACAGUAGUGUCCCUUGCACACGUGUGAUCUCCCAGUAUUGCUGCCUUAAUUAUGCUGUAUUAAUGUGAUUGGUUCCGAGUAAGGAAUGUGUACCUGUAGCACGGCUGGAAUAUUGUGUGAAAGCUGAAAGUGCUUUUGUGAUCAGGUGUCAUUAAACAUGAUCAUCUUGG